UCAAUGUCGCUAUCUCUCUCGAAUGGCAUUUAAUAUAUGUACACAAUUCAGCGGUAAACAUGCUCGUUCAAUCUUCAAUCGUACUAAUUUACGAACAUACUUCUUGAGACAAUUAGCAGUGAUUAACAGCAUACCGAUGAUGGUGCACACUUGCGUAAAAACAAAUACAAGUUUCAUGGUAAAUCGCAGCAAAAAUCCCAUAUCAUCCACCGUCUAUUGUCCAUUCCUGCAAAUUAGCAUUGCCUUGCCUUGAGUAAGGUUAACGUCUCAUAGCGAGAGCAGUCGGGUCUCGGCACACAUAUAUAUGUGCAUACAUACGUACAUACAUAUACGCGUAUGGAUUUUGGGCAAGUGUGCGGAUGCAAUGGUGAAUAAUAAGAGUUCCGCAGAAAUUCAUUUUUGAGUGAUAAAACGACGUUAUUUAACAUCAGAGAAGGUCAAUAGAGGUGUAUAAAGUUUAAGUAAGAGAGAGAGUUGCGAGAGUUAUGUAAGUAUCGUGUAACAACACUGAGUCGCAAAUUUGACAGAAAAUGAAACAUGUGCUCUGAUGUUUAUAACAUCACGUCAAUAUGAUGAUUUAUGAUGAUACGCUUUAACGUCACACGUGGAACGUGUUGCGAUGUAAAACGCCGCGCCUUGCGUUUAACUCGCCUACCGUUGUAACGCAUGACAGAUCUCAAAUGCCGAUGAUCAUGGCGCAGGAGGAAGGUGAGAAGUACCCGAUUCACAGAUGUAUAUUUCAAGGCAGCAUCAAGACACUGAGUUCCUUAAUUAGAACACACGAUAUUGCUGAAAAGGAUAAACAAGGGAACACACCUUUGCAUUUAGCUGUGAUGUUAGGAAGGAAAGAAUGUGUUCAAUUAUUGCUUGCACAUGGUGCACCCGUAAAAGUGAAGAAUCUAGCUGGCUGGAGUCCACUGGCUGAAGCAAUCAGUUACGGAGAUAGGCAAACCAUAUCAUCUUUAGUGCGCAAAUUGAAGCAACAAACAAGGGAGCAGAUGGAAGAAAGGAGGCCGAAUUUAGUUGCCGCCUUACAUCAAAUGGGCGAUUUUUAUAUGGAAUUAAAAUGGGAUUUUCAAAGCUGGGUACCAUUAGUUUCGAGAGUGUUGCCGUCGGAUAUAUGUAAGAUCCAUAAAAGCGGGGCUUCGAUUCGAAUGGACACGACUCUUGUAGACUUUAACGACAUGAGAUGGGAAAGGGGAGACAUAUCUUUCAUCUUCAAUGGUGACCAAAAACCCGGCCAUUCGUUGACUGUCCUCGACAAUAAAGCCAAACUUUUCCAAAGAGUGAGACAUAAGGAAACGGAACUCGAGAUAGAGGAUGAAGUUGAUAUUCUUAUGUCUAGUGAUAUUAUGGCAGCACAAAUGUCUACCAAAGGUAUCACGUUUUCUAGAGCACAGACAGGAUGGAUUUUUAGAGAAGACAAAAGAGAAAUGGUAGGCGCCUUUCAUGCUGAUUUCUAUCAAAUCAAUGGCAUGGUACUGGAAAGUAGAAAACGUCGCGAACAUUUAAGUGAGGAGGAUCUCCAAAAAAAUAAAGCUAUUAUGGAGUCUCUUACCAAGGGUAGUUCUCAAGGCUUUAAAAAUGGCGAGCCUCCUCUAAGAAGAGCAUCGUUGAAUCCGCCGCCAGAAUCGAACAUCACGUGGGAUGAAUAUAUCGUUGCACCGCCCGGUCAGUGUCCGCUUCUAGGAAGAAAUCUUGUUUAUAAGGAAAGUAGUAAAUCUUUCAAAGCCACUGUGGCGAUGAGUCCGGAUUUUCCCCUCACCGUCGACAUGUUACUUAAUGUUUUGGAAGUAAUCACGCCGUUUAAGCAUCUAAGCAAGUUACGACAAUUUGUACUUAUGAAGUUGCCCCCUGGAUUUCCAGUUAAGAUCGACAUACCGAUUUUGCCUACGGUCACUGCUAAAAUAACUUUUCAAGAGUUCGCCUUUCGAAAUGACAUAGAUCCAGAGUUGUUUCAAGUGCCAUCCGACUACUUCGAAGAUCCAAUGAGUGCGACUGAAUCUCCGGAAUCAAAAUUAUUCCCAAAAUUAAACGAUGCACAACGUGUAUAUGCGAGUAAUGCAGAUAACCAGGGAGAUUUGACUACAUCUGCGAGCGAUCGAACAUUUCAUAUAACCAAAGAUUAUGGAUCAAUCGGAUAUCCUGGAGGAUAUCCUGGAGGAUAUCCUGGAGGAUAUCCCGGAGGGUAUCCUGGGUAUUCAUAUGGCACUACUCCAGGAAUUAUUGGAUCUGUUUAUCCUGGAACUUCAUAUCGCGGUAGCAGCCUAAUUCCAGGAUAUAAUAGGGGUUAUCAAUAUCCAGGUCUCAUCGGCACCAGUAAUAUCGGAUAUGGAUAUUACGGUAACGUAGGAAAUUAUCCUGGAUACAGCGGCUACGGCGGAUAUGGAGGGUCCGGCUAUAGCGGCUAUGGUGGUUAUGGCGGCUAUGGUGGCUAUGGCGGAUAUGGUGGUUAUGGGGAUUUUAUCAGGGGAUCUAUUCCUGGAGGUUACGGAGGUUACGGAAGUUAUGGUGCCGGAGGUUACGAGGACGGUUAUUUAGGAUAUGGACGUGGUGGUUACGGUCGUUAUGAUGGAUACGAUACUUCUAAUUAUGGAAGCGGAUAUGGUUCGACAUAUGCAGCAAGAAGUCCUUACAGUUAUCGUGGUGGUAAUUAUGGCACUUCCCUCGGUAAUCCAACUGGUUAUCGUGGUUAUUCUUAAACAUGACUCUAUACACAUAUGUUUUUUUUAUAACUUUCACACAAUAUCUUUACAAAUUAAUACGUAAUGUCUAUUGCUAAUUUUUAUCAA